CCCCUCCUCCCUGUGGUGAUGUCACAUCUCGUUACGCCAUUUUUGUCGGGGAGCAGUCGUGUUCUGGGGAGAGGAGGAAUACACCGAGCACAGCUCUCAGCCAACGGCUCCGCUCGUCGAGUUGUUCCGGUAACCGGGACGCUUGCUCGCCCGUCACACUCGCGCCAUGUCGUCGGAGAACCCGGACUCGGACACUCAGGUGGACCACGAGGACGAAAAACAGGAUGCCCAGGAGAAGAAUGCAAACCCAGCAAAGGCAGAGGAGGCCAAGCUGAAGGCCAAAUACCCUGCUCUGGGACAGAGGCCCGGCGGCUCAGACUUCCUCAUGAAGAGAUUACAGAAAGGGCAAAAGUACUUUGACUCGGGUGACUACAACAUGGCCAAGGCCAAGAUGAAGAACAAGCAGCUCCCUGUGGCGGGGCCUGACAAGAACCUGGUGACCGGCGACCACAUUCCAACGCCGCAGGAUCUGCCCCAGAGGAAGUCGUCCUUGGUGACCAGCAAGCUAGCCGGCUAGCCUUCGUCAUGCCAGAAGCACCCUCCCCCUCUCCCUGGGGCUCCCGGCAAAGGUCCCUCCUCCUCCUCACCCGUGUCCCCAAUGAGUCCCUCUCCUCACCUUCCCCUCCCUUACCUUUUCAUCCCCAGGCACCACUGGCUUUAACAUAUCGGGCAGAGUUGUAUAAGUUAGAGCUCCAUUUGCUUGUAUGUGGGUGGGGCGGGGUGGGAGGGUAUGGUUUUGGCGGCCCACAAGGUCGCAGCUGUCUCUGCCUUCCCACCAUGCACAGCUCUGCCCCCUCUGCGCACUCUGCUCUACCGCCUCCCUUGUCUUGGUUUUCGGUGUUCCAAGAUGCAUCACAGUAGGUGUGUGUCAUCGGGCAGGGGUCGGAUGGGGUCAGUUAAUGCACUUUGUAUUCUGUAUAGUAUGUUUUUGUUCUUUUUUUGCAUCCUGGAUGACACCAAAAUAAUGUGUGUGUGUGAGGGAGCUAGGAACCAUGAUCGCAGCGUGUUCUUUACGUUCCCUUUCUCUCUGGGUGGCAGCUUCUGAGGGAGGUGUUGGAAGAUGCGUGUGAAUAAUUGCUUGCAUACCAAAUUGGUUAGGGCAGCCGCCUGGAUUAAAAGAGUUGCUGAGCAUUCACUGACACCAUGUUGGGAAAUGGUGGCAAUUGAAUGGAGGCUUCCUGACAGCUCAUCCUUCGGUCACCUUGCGUCAAACAAAGCCAGAGGUCACCUGCUACAGCUCAGCCAAAAGGGGAUUUGAAACGCUGCCUUUUUGUUUCACUCUCUGCUCCUAUGGCUUUAAUUCUCAACUCCCUUUGCUCCUGUUCUCUCUAAAUAUGCUGCAUGAUUGUAACAUGUAACAAAAAAGAAAUUUAACAUGUUUUUUAAAGGGAGUGGGGCAUCUGCUUAUUGAUAGGAAGAAUCAAAACAAACACAUGAAGACCUGAAAUGUCUACAGUCACACUCCCUUCCUCUUCCUCUUUGCUGUCCUGACAAUCCACAUGCACACACUUGUUCGCGGCCUAGGGUAAGAGCUCAGUUUAGUAUAUCCUUGUAUAAUUUCCAAAGGCUGGGGACCCCUGCCAUUCUCUGACUUCUGUCUUAGUUUGGUUGCAUCAAGAUGUGUGUUUACUAUGAGCCUAAAAGAUUUGUGGGGGGAUUGAAGCACCCUACGUAGAGUAUAUGCUUCUGUAAAUAAUACUCCAACACGCAUGUAGUUUGCGAUAAGCUCAGCGCUUUGAGUACCAGCUAGCAUGCCUGAGGAAGACGGUAGUGCUAAAUCCACUCACUUGGGAUUACAACCUGGGAUUUUCUGGCUGGGGAAAUUCUUCGCUUUACCAACUGAGCCAAAUUUCACACUGCAGCUAUGAUCCGGCUCAGAGACUGCAGAUACCCAACCCAUUUAAUGUGUCUGCUAACAACUGAUCAUCUGGCUCCCGCCAUAAUGAUUUUGCUGACUCCAAACAUCUCUUCAAGUUAGUAUCUCAAGUGUCAAGUCUGAAGGUGUUUUCGACACGACUGCCAUGUCAUAUCACAGAAGUCGCAUUAAAAAGACAAAAGUAACCACAGUCCUAGCCUUCGUAGUCGUUUCCCACUCAGCCAUGUGCAGUAAAAAAAAGAUUUUCACACUGCAACUGAUCAAACAUGACUUAUUCUAGCUGCUUAAUGGAUGCUGGUUUCUCAUUGUUUAAACUCUUUCAGAUUAUUUAUCACAGUCAGAUUUAGUUGUGUCUAUUCCAAAACACUAACCUAAACGAUCACAUAUACUUUACUUCACUAAUCCUGAACUGGAGUUACUCCGACUCCCAGCACCCUUGAGAACGAUGUUUCCUUUUUCUUCCCCAAUUUACACUGCACAGACUGAUUCGUGUCAGAUCGUGGUAAACAGCAACCUGAAAACCACAGGUGUCAGCCCAGCUCAGAGCGACGUCACGAGGCAAGCUUAAAGUGGGACGUUGCAUGCUUGCGGGAUGUGCUCACUCCACCACUUGGCGAAGCGACGAGAUUGUAUAACAGAUGGUGAGGGGGCAACUUGUGAGCAAGUCCCACCUGUUAAUGUGGUUCAAGCUCUGAAACAGGUCACCGGAGCCAUCACCAAAAUCUGCAGACUUGAAAUGAAUCGAAACUGGACGCCGGCGCUCGCCGAGAAUCAGCCUCCUUGUAAUAAUAACUGCUUCAGGGAACCUUCACAAACGCACACCUCCAUGUAGACUAGGUGAUAGGGUGCACGCACCAUCACAUUCUCAGCCUUGUUAUGUUUUUCAUUGAGAUUUUUAAAUGUGUCAAACUUGCAGUGGAUGAAAGAAGUGACCUCUGUGUAUGUGCGUGUUACACAGUUGUAUGAAUGCAUUGCUUUUCUCUGUUCCAGCCGUUUGUAAAUAGACUUCAACAGGACGGGAUUCUGUGUGUUUUUUUGUUCUUUUUCCCACCUGCUUUUCACUCUGUCAGAGCCUGAGCUAUUUCUGAUUCAAGGGUUCCUCUUCUUUUCAGUUUAACACUACUUCUGCUCUAUCUGCAGAGGCUAUGUGAAUCUGUAUCAUAUGAAAAUAUGUGUAAAUGCUGCUGAUUCAGUCAAAGACAAAUCUUAAGAGAUGAUGCCCUGUAAAGAACACCUGUCCUCUCGGUUCUACCAGUCAGUCUCUCCUCUUUCUGCCAAGUAUCUGUCCUACGACAAACUCCAGAGACGAACUUGAUUAGCUUUCAGACCACAGUAAAAUUUAGUGCAUAUCCGACCAAAACAAUUUAAAAUUACUUUGUUGAAUUCAAUCCUAUUUUCGGUCUGGCCAGUUCUUAAAAUCUGGAUUGCUUUAUGACAAAACAAGAACAGACCGUUAAGCUACAGUUUCCUGCUUAAAGUAAAGGUUGCUGAAAGAUGACAUGUUCUAAGAAACAGCAGUGGACAGGAGUUCUUGAAUUCUACUUGAUGCUCGGCUUUGCACAGAAAAGUUUAACGAGAGGAAAUUGCAGGGUACGUUUCAAACCCACCAAACAGGGUGUCUCUCGUUCAGCUACGUGCCAGAA